CUAAUCCCUAAUUCCUAAUCCCUAAUCCCUAAUUAGCUAUACUAACAAAACUAACCCUAAUCCCCUCAUUUAUUUUUUCAUUUUGCUAGUCUCACUUCCCUCUCUCCGUCGGCACCUCUCUCCCCCGAUUCCCUUCCCAUAAUUCCCAGUCAACGCCUCUCUCCCCCCCCACUUCACUGAAGAGUGCCGGCAACCCAAUCGGCACCGGCGACAUCUCCUAUCUCUACCCAAUAAAUCUUCUCUCUCCGUCGGCACCUCUCUCCCCCGAAUCUGUGACUGGUACUUUUGAUCAAGUACGUGUCUGCUUCUCUGUGAUUUUGAGUGCCCAUUUCUUGAAAAGAUCCUACUCGACCUUUUGCUACUCUUUCUCUGGAAAAUGAAUGCCAAUCGACAGUGGAUGUAUAAUAGGCUCAAGGAUGGGUUGUUGAGUACUGAUUUUUUAAACGGUUUAGAAGAGUUCAUACAAUUUGCUUCAAGUCAUCCUGAAUGUAUGGAUGGUAUGAAUAUAAGAUGUCCUUGUAGUAUGAGAAGGUGUUCGAAUCGGAGGUUCCUCUGUGUGGACGAUGUACAUUAUCAUCUGAUGAAAAAUGGUUUCGUCCCUAAUUACUACAGGUGGACAGCACAUGGUGAAUGUUGGGAUGAUCAAGGAACCUCUAGUGUUCUAUUGUCUGAAACUAUCAUGGAAAAUGAUUUUCAAACUGGGGCUAAUGGCCGAUACCAUGAAAUGGUACUUGAAGGGUUUGGUUUACCGCCUCAAAUUGAAUUCAUGGAGGAGGCACCUAAUGCCGAGGCACAAAGGUUGUAUGAAAUGUUACAAGCAGCAAGUGAAGAGUUAUGGCCAGGAUGCAAUAAGCACACAAAACUGUCUGCUGUGGCACGUUUGAUGAACAUGAAAUCGGAGCAUCAUUUCUCUGUAAAAUGUUUUGAUCAGAUUGUCGAGUUUUUAAAAGAAGUUCUACCCGAAGAUAAUGUGCUUCCUGAUAAUUUUUACAAAACGAAAAAGUUAAUUGAGGGUUUGGGUCUACCAGUGGAAAAGAUUGAUUGUUGCAGAAAUAAUUGCAUGAUAUAUUGGUCUGGUGACGCUGAGUUACAAGAAUGCAAGUUUUGCCAGCUUCCUAGAUAUAAACGCACGGUAAAUAGCUUGACAAAGCAAGUUGUUCAUAAGCCAUAUAAGAAGAUGUAUUACUUUCCUCUCACUCCAAGGUUACAACGGCUUUAUGCAUCAGACGCAACAGCACCCCAUAUGAGAUGGCAUGCUGAACAUGAAUAUGAGGAAGGGGUCAUGCAUCAUCCAUCUGAUUCUCCCGCAUGGAAACACUUCAAUGCAUGUUAUCCAUCAUUUGGAUCAGAGAUAAGGAAUGUGAUGCUUGGAUUGUCUACUGACGGAUUCCAACCAUUUGGACAAUCUGGCCAACAGUACUCAUCUUGGCCCAUCAUUCUGACACCAUAUAAUCUUCCGCCAUGGCUAUGUAUGAAGUCAGAAUAUAUGUUUCUCACUGUUAUAGUUCCGGGCCCAAAUAAUCCUAAAUUUAAAAUUGAUAUAUUCUUACAACCCUUAAUCGAAGAACUAAAACAAUUAUGGAACAUGGGGGUUGAGACAUAUGAUGUGGAUAAGAAGCAAAAUUUUCUCAUGCGGGUUGCUUUGCUAUGGACCAUUAGUGACUUUCCUGCUUAUGCCAUGCUUUCUGGUUGGAGCACUGCAGGAAGGCUUGCAUGCCCAUAUUGUAUGGAUAACACUGAUGCAUUUACUUUGCCAAGAGGUGGCAAACAAUGUUGGUUUGACAAUCAUCGUAAAUUUUUGAACCAUAACCAUCCAUGGCGGAAGAAUAAAUCAUGGUUUAGAAAAAACAAAGUUGUUACUGAACAUGCACCUCUAGUAAGGACUGGAGAGGAAAUUUUGCAUGAGAUAGAAAGUCUGGGAUUAAUGAGAGUGACAGAUCCAGGUUCAGAUGUUGUUAAUGCUGUUAUUAGUAAGACAUGUGGAUGGAGGAAACGCAGCAUAUUCUGGGAUUUACCUUAUUGGAGUUCCUUGCUUAUUAGACACAACCUUGAUGUAAUGCAUAUUGAAAAGAAUUUUUUUGAUAACUUGUUCAAUACCAUUAUGAAUAUAGAGGGUAAAACAAAAGAUAAUGCAAAAGCAAGAGAAGAUAUGAGGGAAAUAUGUCGGCGGCCUGAGUUGGAGGUUAAUGCAGAAACUGGUAGGUAUCCAAAAGCAAUAUAUGCAUUGGACAAACCGGCAAAACAAGUUAUUUGUGAAUGGAUGAAGGGACUCAGAUUUCCUGAUGGUUAUGUGUCUAAUAUGGCUCGAUGUGUCGACAUGAACAAGUACAGAUUAUUUGGAAUGAAAAGUCAUGAUUGUCAUAUUUUCAUGCAAAGGUUGUUGCCUAUUGCUUUUCGUGAAUUAUUACCAAUCAGAGUGUGGGAAGCAAUUACCGAGCUAAGUAUUUUCUUUAAGCAACUAACGAGUACGAUCUUACGGGAGGAAGAUAUGCAAAGGCUUGAAGAGGACAUUCCGGUUAUACUAUGCAAAUUGGAGCGAAUAUUUCCUCCGGGCUUCUUCGACUCGAUGGAACAUCUUCCGGUUCAUCUUGCAUAUGAAGCUCGCAUUGGGGGUCCAGUGCAAUGUCGUUGGAUGUAUCCUUAUGAGCGGUACAAUGGAAUUUUAAAGAAGAAUAUUAAAAAUAAAGCCAAAGUUGAAGGAUCAAUUGCUAAUGCAUACUUGGUAGAGGAGGCAUCUUCUUUUUGUGCUUACUAUUUUGAGUCACAUGUUUCUACAAGACAUCGACGGGUUCCACGUAAUGAUGAUGGUGGUGUAGUGGAAGAUCAGGAGAUUGAAGGAAAUUUAUCAAUAUUCAAAUAUCCGGGUAGACCCAUAGGUCAAUCAAAGAAAAGGAUAUUGACAAAGGAUGAAAGAAAUGCAGCUCAUUUAUAUAUCCUACUAAAUUGUGAAGAAGUUUCGCCAUUUAUCAAAUUAUAUAUUGAGGAACUACGGAGGAUAUCACCUAACAUUACCGAUGGAGAGGUAGACAUCACAUUGGAGAAUAACUUUCCCACAUGGUUCAGAGCAUACGUACAUGAACCAACCAAUACAGUGAACAAUCCUCUAAUCCAAGAUUUAGCCAAAGGACCUCUAAAUACAGUGAAUGUGUACACAGGAUACUAUGUAAAUGGAUACAAAUUUCACACUGAGGGACGAAGUGCUAAUCGAAUGACGGUGAAUUGUGGUGUAUGCAUUAAAGGAACGAACUAUAGUGAUCAAUCAAGUGAUUACUAUGGUAAGUUGAUAGAGGUUCUUGAAGUAGAAUACCCGGCUUUACCUAUGAAGCGGACAGUUCUAUUCCACUGUGAAUGGUUUGAUCCUACCCCAAAUGUUGGAGUGAAAAUUCAUUUAAUGUAUAAUAUUGUGGAUGUAAAUCAGAGAAGGAGAUUUCAUAAGUAUGAGCCAUUUGUUUUGGCUAGCCAGGCACAACAAGUUUAUUACAUUCCUUAUCCUUCUUUAAGACGAGCAAGGUCUGAUUGGCAAUCUGUGAUAAAAAUUAAAGCCAGGGCAGUGAUUGAAUUACCAAAUGUUGUUGUACCAGCGACAGCGUCAACAACAGAUGCAUUUCAAGAAGAUACUGUAACUUUGCAGCCUUUAGUCUUAAAUGAGGAAGGAUUACCUGAGACAUUAAAUGAUCCAGCGGGUGGUGAAGUGUUUAUUUCAGAAUUAGUUGAAGAAGAAGAAGAAGAUGAAGAGACAUAUCAUUAUUCAACUUCAGACAAUGACGAAUAUUACUUAGAUUAG